AGAGAGAGAGAGAGGAAAGCUCUGGUUGGAAAGGAUAAGGUGCAAUUGCUCUUUUAAUUGGUGGAGAGGGCGGUGAUUUUCGCUUUGUAGGCGUUGACCGGGCGGAGGAGAGGGAGAUCUUACCUGGGCAGGUUGGAGCAUCUGAGCAAGGCUCCCCUAAGUCGAUCCCUACUGCAGUGGAGGUGGAGGUGGUGGUGGUGGGGGGAGGAGAAGCAAGAAGGGAGGGAGUUGGGUUCAGGUUUCAGAGUUGGAAGCGAAACCUCCCGGUCCUCGCUUCGAAAGCUCCGGGAGAGAUGCGGAGCGUUUGGUGGGGUUUCACUCGCCUCUGUCCCCCUCGGAGGGCCACCCUGAUGGCCGCCCAGUUGUUGUGGCUACACAGCUCGCUCGCCAGUUCCUUCUGGACCGCCUACAUCAACAUCAGCUUCACCGAACCUGGCAGCAACCAGACCCUGCGGGAGAAGACCGAGAGCGGCGUCUACGGUCAGGACUCGCCGCUGGAGAGCGUCCACGGGCUGGUGGGGAUAGCGGAGACGGGCCGGAGCUACGGCUGCGACCCGGGCAUCCCCUACUUCAGACCCGACCUCCAGCAACCGUGGGUGGCUUUGAUCGAGAGGGGGAAUGGCUGCACUUUCUCCGAGAAAAUCCUCAACGCUGCCGAGCAGGGGGCGAGCGCCGCCGUGAUCUUCAACUACCCAACUCCGGCCAACGAAGUGGUUCAGAUGUCCCAUCCCGGGACUGGCAAAACGGUCGCUGUAAUGAUCGGCAACAUCAAAGGCCGUGAGAUCUUGGAGAUGGUGAGGAGAAAGAUUUCGGUUUACAUGGUGAUUGAAGUUGGGAAGCAACAUGGCCCAUGGAUGAGCCAGUACUCAAUCUUCUUCGUCUCCAUUUCCUUUUUCGUCGUCACCGCUGCUACGGUGGGCUAUUUCAUCUUCUACACUGCGAGGAGGUUGCAGAUCGCAAGGGCUCAGUUAAGGAAACAGAAUCAACUGAAAACUGAGGCCAAGAAGGCCAUUAACCAGCUGGACCUACGCACCUUAAAGCAAGGCGACCCGGAGACUGGCCCAGAUGCUGACACCUGUGCUGUGUGCAUCGAAGCUUACAAGCCCAAUGAUGUUGUUCGCAUCUUGACUUGCAACCACUUAUUCCACAAAAAUUGUAUUGAUCCUUGGCUUUUGGAGCACAGAACCUGUCCCAUGUGUAAAUGUGACAUCCUGAAGGCUCUUGGGAUCGAGGUUGAUGUGGAAAAAACUGAUGCAACCCCAGAACUGGAACAAGUAUCCAGCAAUCCCCAAAGAACUGGGCAGGAUAGAAACACUGAAGUUCCUGAGCGUGCCAUCUAUACCCUACCUUCAGGUUAUGGGGUUGAGCAUGGUCAGGAUGAAUCUCCAGUGACUGAGGAUAAUCACCAUUUCAACGAAGAACAGCGUCUCUUCAAUACUGAUGCACGGGGGAAUGCUCUGUCUGUGUACGUUCUGCCACAAGACAACCCAGCCUAUGAAGAGAUUGAUCUGCGUGAUGAAGUAAAGUCAUGAAUCAUCCCAAAGUAGUAAAGCACUAAAGAUAACAAAGCCACCAACUGAUAUGGAGGGAGCCCUCCCUCAAGUGAACAUUUUGUUCAAAGUCUUGGGACUGGUUCACAAUCUACUUUUUGCUGCAUUUUGUAUGCCAAUGUUUUAAAAUAAAAGUCAUUUUAGAUAGCCUAAAUAUAAUGGACAACUUGUGAUUAGUACUGGUGUUGAAUUCUCAGGAUUUCAUGCAAUCAGUCUGUUUAAUUUACCUGUGGUCCAGUGACCCCAGGAGUAUAGUGAGAGGCAGAGAUUAUUGAACAUUAUUCUUAACCCUUGGAUGGCACAAGUUUAGAGGUCGAUGAAACCUCGGGUUUCCAAACAUGAAUGGGCUGCUGUAUUUUCCCCAUGGUAGCUGAUAUCUAUAUUGGGAUCUAUAUAGUUAUGGGCCUUUAAACCAUGCCUCAAUUCUGCUGAUGCUGCACUAAAUUGCACUACACUUUUGAAGAAAAUGUAAGAAAGGUUAAUUGUCCAUCCUAUUAAUACAAUGUUAACGCAAACAAAAUGUGCUGUCUGUUGGUGGUAUUGCUGCUGGAUAAUUGGAUCCCUGAUAUGGAAUAGACCUUUCAUUUGUCAUUCAUAUCAUUAUAGUGGUGUUGUAGGUACACUUGCUCCAAAAUAACAGAUAAUUUUUAAUUUGUUUUUUAAUUUCUGAAAGAAAAUGAAAUGAUCAGUCAUAAAGAACAUAGAGCAGUACAGGCCCUUCAGCGCACAAUGUUAUGCUGAUCUAUAUGAACACCUCCUCCAUGAUCAAUCUAACCCUUUCAUCUUGCACAGCCCACAUCCCUCCAUUUUUCUUACUUCUGUGUGCCUAUUUAAGAGCCUUUUAAAGGUCCCUAUUGUAUCAGCAAGUUGUUCGUCCCAUUCUGGGCUCCUGAAACAAACUGAACCGGCUGCCCUAAGCAACAAGGCUCCAGCAGCAGUAGCCGUCAAUCAAACUUUGUGGUUGAAGAGCAUUUUUAAUGACCCUUUGCAGAACUGGCAUUCUUUAUGCAAAUUUCUGAUUUUGUUUCCAAAAGCAAACUUAAAUCCUCAAUAAAGUUAAUCUAUUUUGGAGAUAAAACAUGUUUGUGGAUAUAUUAUUUGAAGAAUUUUAGCAAUUAUUUGCUAUUACCAAUAAGUAAAAGGGAAACAAACAUUUGGGAGAGGAAGAGUUCACAAGUUUAGAGACAUGCAUCAGAUGUUGAACUGAAAAUCUUGCAGUUAAGUAUAUUUUUCCAUCAGUUUCCAAAACAUUUUUGAGGAUGCUUCAAGUUUUGAAUACUAAUUCUUGUUAAAUCAUUUUUUUCUGCUGCUGGUCGCAGGCUGCACCUUCAGGGGAAGUGACGGGAAGUUAUGAUCUAUUUUAAUUUUUAAUCAACUUCUGCAACUGCAUAACAUAGCUUGCUCUCAGAGUACUUCCACACAAUUGAAUGCUAACUAGUAUUUGGGUGGUGAGCAAUUUGUGCAGCACACCCUCAUCAAACAAUGGCAAGUGAUGUUUAUAUUCAAUGUAUGUGCUGUGGUAUUGCACAUAGUUCAUUGGUUCAUUUGGUUAAUUGUCCAUCCUGUUAAUACAAUAAUAUGGUAUGCUGUAGCUUUCUCAACCUAAUGGGGUUGCAACUGUCCUUCCAGCUACUGUGAAUCACCCUCCAGUGCUCCUUUGACGUAGAAGCUUAGAAAACAUAACAAAGCCCGGUCCUUACAACUUACUAUCACACUUACAAAAAUAAAAAUAGUUCCUGCUCUGUAUUACUUUGGUAGACUGAGAAUUUGCUAGAUUAUCAUUUCCUUAGGAAGUACCACAACAUCUUGUACUUGGUUUUAUGACACAUCUCAGAGAUAUUGGAAAGUUAUCACUGUCAAUGUAAUAUCCACCAUUAUUUUAUUGUAAUAGGAAUGCUAAAACUACUUUACGUUCCUGACAUAAAAUAAUUACGCCUCCAGAUAUGUGUACUCUGCAUGGAAAUCCUAUUUACUGAUAAAAAGAAAGUUUUCUGUUGCUUUAAAUUUAAUCUUUUUAGCGCAGUGCAACAACAACUUUUCCAAGCACCAGUUUCUUAGGAAACACAUUAGGUUUUAACAGAAACAGCUUACACCAUCAUAGCAUUUUAGUGAGCAGAAAUUAACCCUCUCAAAGAAUGUUUCUGAUCUAUUUCAUUAAUAAUUUAGGUGAAUGGAAAAGAUGCUUGGCCAUUAUUUCAAAGAACAGCAGGCCAGGUCUCCACAUUGACCAGGCUAAUAGUUACCCCUCAAUCAACUUGACUAAAACAGAUUAUCUCCUCAUGAUCAUCUUGAUGCUUGUGGGAAAUUGCCAUGUACAUAUUGUCUAUUGUUUUAUUAACAAAAGUGACUAAAAAGUACUUUGCUGGCUGUAAAGUUAUUGGAUGUCUUGAUAAGGCAGCUCAAUGAUGCGGCUAUUGGAAGUACUGCCUCAGGUGACCUGGGUUUAAACCUGACUGCGUGGAGUUUGCACAUUCUCCCUAUGACCGUGUGGGUUUCCCCCGAACCCUCCAAUUUCCUUCCACUGUCAUGCAGGUUGUUGGGGUUGACUGGCCACUGUAAAUUGCCCCCGGUGUGUAGAUGAAGGGUAGAAUCUGGUGGGAGUUGAUGGGAAUGUGGGGAGAAUAACUUAAAGGGAAAAUUAGUGGGGAAUGAGAUUGCGCUGUGAGGCAGCAGAAACUUGAUGGGUUAAAAUAGCCGUCUCUGUGUCAAAAGGAAAUAUCGUACAAGGACUUGAAUUUACAUAGCGCCCUGUUUUAAUCUUGGCAAUAUCAGAAACAGAUUUUGGCUCUGGCAUUUUGAUCAUUUUGCUUUGUGCUCACCAGCUGACACUGAAAACGAUCUGAUGCAUUGCAAGCUUCACAGCUAUCCCACAAAAUGGAGAUUUACCCAGUGUUUAAACAGCAGUAAUGCUUCUUUACUCUUUCUUCAUACUUACAAUUGUGCAGCUGCAAGUUUACAAAAACUCUCAAGAGACUGACAAAUUCUGGAUUUGCUGUUUAAAUGUUAUCCUGGCGCAAUUGGCAAUCAAAUUAAAAGCAACUACAUUAACACCAGUGGUGUAGCAGUGCCAGUGCAAGUAGGAAAUAGCAUAAGUACACGUGAUGGACAAACUCUGUGAAUGUCCCAGGAAACAUGUGGCAGGAAAGAAUUCAAGUAGGCAUGUUGGCCAUUACUUUUUAUUCCCCUUAUUCACCUGGUUGCUGUAACUGGAGCUGCAAUAUUCUCUGACAGAAUCCUGCCCUUCUAAAAGAAAAUAUCCACCUCCAACCAUCCAUCAGGCACCAAAACUACCGUUUGUCAUUGAAAAUAAAAUUGGGUGAGAUGCAAAACUUAUUUCACCUAAUCCAGUGUAAUUUCCAAUGAGCAGGAGGGAAUAAAAUCUUCCCAUCCCCCACCACCCCAAAAGAACCAUCCAUUUCUUGCAGCUUAUCUCCUAAUAAAAUGUUAGAAGAUUUAAAGGCCUUAAUUACAUACUUAAAAAAUAAAAUCACACUUUAGAGCAAUAUGCAAUAUUCUUCAUAUUAAUCUCAUGCACUUUAUGUCGUGAACUUGAAUGAUUCUUUUCUUACCUUGCCUCCUUGGGUGACCUGGAUUGAGAAUGUUUUACCUGAAAACCUGUGAACCCAACUUCUCAAAGAACUUUAUGUUUUUUAAGGCAUUUAAAAAAUUAAGGAAGAAAUGAGCAUUUGUACUAGAACUUUCUGCUUGAGAAUUUAUUGUACAUGAUUUAAAAUAAAAAAUUGUAAGAACUGCUUUAUCAAACUGUAAAUUUUGAUCUAAUAAACUGUAUUGUUUCU